AUGACAAAAAAGGAUAUCACUGAUUCUUAUUGUCGAAUCAAAGCAUUUGGCAGGAUCAUUUUGAAUCAGUCGAUAUUCGUUGUUAGCUCCGUCAUCCACGAAAAGGAGAGUACGUUGGAGCUGGGAGCUGUAGCAGCCACGCUGCACAGGGGUCGAUUGGACAAGCCAUUACGGAUUGGCCGGCGCCUCAACGGUUCCUGGCUAAACAGAUUCAGCAGGUCUGCGCCAACCAAUCAUGCGACUUAUGUACCUGACGCCUGGCGUCAGUGGCCCAAGCCACCCCUGAUGUUUAACCCACCCGCCAACGCGCUACCCCUGGCUACUAUUGUGAACCUCCUCAGUCCUCACAACUCGGCAAGGAUCAGCCUUGAAGACUCCCACCUCGGUUCUUCUCCUCUCGGCAAAUCAUAA